ACCGGUCAGUGUGGUGGGCAUCCGUGCGGUGCGGCCCCGUCAUCGUAACACCCGCAGCGCCUCGGGCUCUCUGCUUGUCCUGUCGACCCACCCACCGCUCAUUUCCGGCGAGCCACCGCACGGGGGCCGCCGAUCUCCGGCGAAUCGCGCCGAUGCCGCCGGCCCCGAUGGCAGCCGAGAAGAGGAGGGCCGCGUACGCGGCCUUCCUCCCGCUGCUCCUCCUCCUCGCGCUCCGCGCCCUCCUCCCCUCCUCCGCCCCCCCGGCCCGGGGCGGGGAGGAAACCCUAGCCAGCAGCAGGUACGUCGUGCGGUUCCUCGAGUACCGCCCCGCCGACGACCACCGGGAAUACCUGGAGGGCGGCCUCCCCCGCGAGGCCGGGCCGUGGCGGUGGGUGGAGCGGCGGAACCCCGCGACCGCGCACCCGACCGACUUCGCCGUGCUCGAGAUCCGCGACGCGCACCGGGACGCCGUCUUCGAGGCCGUCCGCGCGCUCGGCCGCGUCCGGGACGUGCACCCCGACGCCAGCCACUCGCGGGCCGCCCUGUCGGCGGAUCGGGCGCGGGGCAAGCGGUUCACCGCCAUGUCGUUCGAGGAGGAGGGGCGCGGCGACGACGACGACGCGGUUCCCAGCAAUAAUGCUAGUUCCUCUUCUGGUGGUCCGAGGCGGAAGCUUCAAAUGCGGAGACCACAUGUGACAUCUCUAUUUGGAGCUGCACAACUAUGGGAAAGAGGCUUCACUGGUAGGAAAGUCAAAAUGGCCAUUUUUGACACUGGUAUUCGGGCAGAUCACCCACAUUUUCGCAAUAUUAAGGAGCGCACAAAUUGGACAAAUGAAGACACAUUAAAUGACAACCUUGGACAUGGAACAUUUGUAGCUGGAGUGAUUGCUGGUCAAGAUCCAGAAUGUCCUGGAUUUGCACCAAACACUGAGAUAUAUGCAUUUCGAGUGUUCACAGAUGCUCAGAUAUCCUACACAUCAUGGUUCUUGGAUGCAUUUAAUUAUGCGAUGGCAACUGGUAUGGAUGUAUUGAAUUUGAGUAUUGGUGGACCUGAUUACCUGGAUCUCCCCUUUGUGGAAAAGGUCUGGGAGCUCACAGCAAACAACAUUAUUAUGGUAUCAGCUAUUGGAAAUGAUGGUCCUCUCUAUGGCACAUUAAAUAACCCAGCAGACCAAAGCGAUGUCAUCGGCGUUGGUGGUAUUGAUUACAAUAACCACAUAGCUUCAUUUUCCUCUAGAGGCAUGACUACCUGGGAACUUCCCCAUGGAUAUGGCCGUGUAAAACCUGAUGUUGUCGCAUACAGUCGUGAUAUAAUGGGUUCGAAGACCAGCACAGGCUGCAAGACUCUUUCAGGUACAAGUGUUGCAAGCCCGGUGGUUGCUGGAGCAGUAUGCUUGCUUGUUAGUGUUAUACCAGAAGACAAGCGAAAAUCCAUCCUUAAUCCUGCUAGUAUGAAACAGGCCCUUGUUGAGGGUGCUUCUAAGCUUGUGGGGCCGAAUAUAUAUGAGCAGGGUGCAGGCAAGCCUGAUCUAUGGCAAUCAUAUGAAAUAUUGAAAAAUUACCAACCACGAGCAAGUGUAUUUCCUAACAUGCUUGACUUCACCGACUGUCCCUACUUCUGGCCUUUUUGUCGGCAACCUUUGUAUGCUGGAGCCAUGCCAGUAGUAUUCAAUGCUACAAUUCUUAACGGGAUGGGGGUGAUUGGUUAUGUUAAGGAUCCACCUGUAUGGCAGCCAUCUGAAGAUGUGGGCAAUCUUCUCACUGUUCACUUCACCUACUCGGACACCAUCUGGCCUUGGACAGGGUACCUUGCCCUGCACAUGCAAGUUAAAGACGAAGGUUCUCAUUUUUCAGGCAUAAUUAGUGGCAAUGUUACCCUGUCGAUUUACAGCCCAGCUGCUGAGGGGGAAAGCAGCCCACGGAGUAGUACGUGUGUUCUUUACCUGAAGGUCAGGGUGGUUCAAACACCUGUUAGGUCAAGGAGAAUACUGUGGGACCAAUUUCAUAACAUCAAGUACCCAUCUGGAUAUGUUCCGAGGGAUUCACUUAAUGUGAAUAAUGAUAUCCUUGAUUGGCAUGGUGACCACUUGCACACGAAUUUUCACAUACUGUUCAACAUGCUGAGAGAUGCAGGAUACUAUAUUGAGACCCUUGGGUCACCACUUACCUGCUUUGACGCUAGCAAUUAUGGUACACUGCUCAUGGUUGAUCUUGAGGACGAGUACUUCAGUGAAGAGAUUCAGAAACUCAGGGAUGAUGUUGUACACAAGGGGCUCGGCCUUGCUGUUUUUGCUGAAUGGUAUCAUGUUGAUACCAUGGUGAAGAUGACAUUCUUUGAUGAAAAUACCCGCAGUUGGUGGAGUCCGCUUACUGGUGGUGCAAAUAUUCCUGCGCUUAAUGAACUUCUGGCCCCAUUUGGCAUUGCUUUUGGGGACAAAAUAUUGAGUGGUGAUUUCUCAAUCAAUGGUGAGCAGUCCCACUAUGCUUCUGGGACUGAUAUAGUGCAAUUCCCAGCAGGAGGUUUUUUGCAUGGCUUCGAACUCCAGGAAGACCCCAAAACUGCACAUAAUAGCUCAACUCCAGAUACACAGAACUCCCAGUCCCAGGAGAAGAGCAAGCUCUCCUCGAUUCUUGGUAUGCUUGAAGCAGGCGAAGGGCGAAUUGCAGUAUAUGGGGAUUCAAAUUGUCUUGACAGUAGUCACAUGGUAACAAACUGUUAUUGGCUUUUGAGAAAAAUUGUGGAGUUUGCUGGCAAUGGACUCAGAGAUCCUGUCCUUUUCUCAGAAGCAACUCGGUUAAAAUUUCCAGUUUUUGAGAACACCCAGAAACCCUUGCGUAGACCCGAUGUAAAUUUUUCAAUGUUUUCAUCUGUCAUUGGCAAGGAAUUGAUAUGUCACCAGGAUUCCCGAUUUGAAGUUUGGGGUACGAAAGGUUAUGGUAUCCAACCAACAGGCACAACAAGAAAGCUGCCAGAAUACCAAAAGAAUGAAGUUUCUAGUAGUCCCAAUCGAUUAAUAAAAUCGUCUUACAAGAGACAAGAUGAAGCUGGCUUGCAAAAAUCCAUUUUAGCACCGAGUGCUAAUAAAUUUGAUGAUAAAAGAGAUUAUUUUGGCUUUAUCAGCCAUGAAGAGGUCGCAAGCCAAUGGAUGGUACCUGCUUGCUUUGCUGUCACUACUUGCAUUCUGGUGUACCUCAGUUGCAGAGCGCAACAAAGGCGACGUCGACCAAGGAAAGGGUCCGCAACCGGCCGUCUGUCAAGUUCGGUAUAAUAUGGAAAGUUGUGUGGUGCCAAAGAAGGUUUUGGCUCCAGCGUAUCUGGCCAUCUGCCAUGGUAUAUGAUAUAACCGAAGCUACAUCGGUCCACUGACUGGACAUAAAGAAGCUCGCAAUGGAUGUCAAUCGAGGUCCAAGUCGUGGUGGCUCAUGUUUAGUCUGUGCGAAGAGAGCCCAGUCAAACACCUCUGCAACUGCGUGGCUAUGUUCCAGCAUUUCAUGUCAUGCGACAUCGCCAUCGCCAUCCAGUUGUACAAAACUCUGUGUCUAUAAUAAUAAUGGACUGCUUUCGGACAUAAGAGGCGAGAGCUAAUUCAGUAGGAAGAGGCUAGAAUUGACGUCUUUCUUUCUUUCUUCUUUUUCAUCUCUUCUUAUUCUUCUUUGUUUUUUCCUUUUGAAAAAGGAUGAGUUGCUUCUUGUAGGUCAGCACUUGUAGGUGAGCAAGCCUUUCGAGUUUUCAGGGUGGCUAUGCUUCAGCUUGUAAGUACUGGACGAGCUCAUCUGAAAACAGAGGAAGUCCUCAGCAGUUUAUGAGGGUUUUUUCUAGGGAAA